CGGUAAUACACCUGGCUGUUUAUAUACGUCCGUGUUGCGGAAACAAGGAUACACGUUUUUAAUGUGAAGUUCUAUUUUAUUUGUGGAUUUUAAGUGCAAAUAGAAAGAUGAAGGAUACCGACGAGACCCACAAAUUAACGGAGACAAUUUAUAAGGGUUUAACAGAUAAUUUUACACCGGGUGUACGACAGAUUAUAUUAGCAGGGAAAGUUUAUCACAAGGCGUUGGUUGGUGUAGCUGCGGCUGCAAGAACAUAUAAUGAAGUGCUGUUACGGGUAGGACAGACCGCACGGACUACAUGUAAAGGAGGGACAGAAGACAUAGGUGAAGCUAUAUAUCAGAUUGCCGAAGCUCAAAAAGAAAUCCAGUCAAGAAUCGAGGAGAAUAGCAAAGCAUUGUUCUCAGAACUUAUCCUUCCCUUGGAGCAGAGAUUAGAAAAUGACUUUAAAAGAUCUUCGGCACAACACAGAAGAUAUACUCAAGGCCACAAAGCUGUCAUUAGUCCAUAUGUCAAAGCCAGUGAUAAUCUGAAAAAGUUCAGGAAGAAAACAAAGAAUAAAGUGGUAUAUGAUGAUCAGAAAGAAGCUCAUUACAUAAAUGCAUUAGAAAGAUGUCAUGAAAAAUUGUAUGAAUACAGAGUACAAGGUUUAAAACUGGCUUUAUUAGAGGACAGGAAAUGUCACUGUUUCUUAUUAGACCGACUUAGUGCAGUAGCUUAUUUAUAUGGCAGCCAUCAUAAACAGUCAGCAGACACCUUACUGUCAGGUUUGCCUCAAUGGAAACAAUUGUCAUCUCGACCACAGAUAUUACCUCCUGAGGCAGAAAGAUUUCUUUAUCAAACAAAGGAAGAAAUAGGGAAUGGAGGAGUAUACUGGGGAAAUGGACAUCUAUCUGAUGAGACCAGAUCUCUUGGUAGUCCAUACAGACGGUCCAAUAGUGCUCAUGAUAUGCAGCGGAGACCUGUGUCAGAAUAUGCUAGUCCAGACGCCUUUUAUGCUGGAAACUUUGGUGCUAAAACAAUGCCACAUUCUCGUGGGAUAAGUGUACCACCAGCAGCUCCACCUGGUACCAUGCAGGUUAGGGCAAUUUACAGUCAUGUUGGAGAGGGAGAUAAAAAAUUAAGUUUUACAGAAGGUGAUCUGAUAAAUGUAAUUGGUGAACAGGCAGACGGUUGGCAAUAUGGUGUUAAUACUCGUAGUGGACAAUAUGGUUGGUUUCCAAUGUCCUUUACAGAACCUACUGUGUCACCUCCAAGAGAACCACCUCCUCAGCUAAAUGGGAGAGUGAAGAGUAUGGGUGAUCUGUUAGAUAGCAGGUCUUUAUCAGACCAUGGCGAUUUCUUAAUGGAUGACGUUCCAGGGAGAACCUCACGACCAAAAUCUAUGUACGAGGGCUCAAAUCUCAGACUUGUAAAUGCUACUAAUCAGUUACAGCAAGGAGGCCAUAACAUGGGACACUCUGCACCCUCACCACCACUUCCUCCUCCUCCUCCUCCAAUCACUACUUCUAACCCAGCUACAUCUCUUGCCUCUCUGUUUUCUGCCAAUCGCCUUCCUUCUCCUGCCCUAAGCAGGAAACCAAGCUUCCAUGCACCAUCUUCUGGCACUGCUAUUCCCCCAGCACCACCUAUACCCCCUGCUCCUCCGGCCCCACCUUUACCUGGGGCUCAGUCUAAAUCUUCUGUCAUUUCUCAGAAUGGAGCAGCUUACAGCAAUCGGCAACAGAUGAGCCAGCCUCCCCCGGCUCCACCACCACCUCCGCCUGGACCUGGACCAAAGAUGGCACCAACAAGUACUCCAGUAGCAGACUACAACAACACAGAAGAAGAUAGUGCAAAAUACAAGAAAAACCCUAAGUUUGCUGGAAUACAACUUCGGAAGACUGAAACAAAAGACAGAUCUGCACCAAAGAUAUGAUUGACUGUUAUUGGUUGUACAAAUAUGUACUUUGUGAAAACCAGUUUUCUUGCUCAGAGAAAUGUUUUGUGAGAGUUAAAUGCCUUUAGAUCAACCUGGUACAGUAAUAUCUAAUUUACAGAAGACUUUAUUUAAUGUACUUUGUUGUGACAAGAACAAGCUAAACCAUCAACAUUCCAAUAUAUAUAUUUUAUAUGACAUUUAAAUAUAUGUGUUGGUAUUCAUGAAAACCAUCAGUCAACAUGUGACUUACUUCUAACUUUGAUUGUGACUGUCUGUUCUCAAACGUGCAGAAUUUUUUAUAGUUCACAGUUAUUUAAAGAAACAAAAAUUACCAAUUUUGGUCAAUAAUGACAAAUAUAAUAGUAGUAAACAAAAGAAGAAUGUGUCUGAGGACACAAAUGCCCCCGCUCAAGCUUCAAACAAAUGAAAAUGGGAAGGAGGGAUGGAGGGUCAAGGGUAACACUUAAUGCCCCUGUUGCUUACAGCGAGGGUAUAAAAAUAGCACAAUAAUGUAUGACCUUCAAGAUAGGAACUGAGGAAAAAUUUGGUUGGGCGUUGUAGAUAUCCAUAAAAUGCUUCCAACAGUUAUGUCAUACAUGUAUCAAAAUUUGCUGUAUAAAAUUGGAGAUCCAUAAUUUAGCUUUUUCGUUUGGGGGUUUUAAAAAUUUCACACUCCGCCUUAAACUGAUUGUUAAGAUUUUUCAAUGAGGAAACAUUUAAAAAAUUGUGAUUGUCAGUCUGAAGGCUCUCAUGAAUGUUUUUUCAUAUCAUAUAUUUGUUAAUAAGAUUUAGGCAUAUUAUUUUUUUUAGUUAUAUUGUUAUAUUUAAUAUUUGUAAAUUGGUGCUUGGUUGAUGUAAUGUUGUACAUUUUUACCACUGUUUGCUCAACUUAUUUAAAAGGGUCAUAUAUACAACCAAAGUGAGAACUUACUUCUACAUGUAGUUAAUAUUUCUUAUAAUAAGAAUUAUAAAUGAUGCUUCUCUCAAAAGUUUAUAAGAAUAUGUUUUACUAUACAGCAUGCAGUUUACUAAUAGAAAGUUUACAAGAUCUUUGUUUUACUGUACAGCAUGCAGUUACUUAUAAAAAGUUAACUUGAUCUUUGUUUUACUGUACAGCAUGCAGUUUACUAAUAGAAAAUUUACCUGAUCUUUGUUUUACUGUACAGCAUGCAGUUUACUAAUAGAAAGUUUACAAGAUCUUUGUUUAACUGUACUACAUGCAGUUUACUAAUAGAAAGUUUACUAGAUCUUUGUUUCACUGUACUACAUGCAGUUUACUAAUAGAAAGUUUACAAGAUCUUUGUUUUACUGUACAGCAUGCAGUUACUUAUAAAAAGUUAACUUGAUCUUUGUUUUACUGUACAGCAUGCAGUUUACUAAUAGAAAAUUUACCUGAUCUUUGUUUUACUGUACAGCAUGCAGUUUACUAAUAGAAAGUUUACAAGAUCUUUGUUUAACUGUACUACAUGCAGUUUACUAAUAGAAAGUUUACAAGAUCUUUGUUUCACUGUACAGCAUGCAGUUUACUAAUAGAAAGUUUACAAGAUCUUUGUUUCACUGUACAGCAUGCAGUUUACUAAUAGAAAGUUUACAAGAUCUUUGUUUAACUGUACAGCAUGCUGUUUGCUAAUAGAAAGUUUACUAGAUCUUUGUUUAACUGUACUACAUGCAGUUUACUAAUAGAAAGUUUACUAGAUCUUUGUUUCACUGUACAGAAUGCAGUUUACUAAUAGAAAGUUUACAAGAUCUUUGUUUUACUGUAUAGCAUGCAGUUUACUAAUAGAAAGGUUACAAGAUCUUUGUUUCACUGUACAGUAUACUGUUUACUUUAAAAAAAAAAUACAAGAUUUGGUGACAUUAAAUGGACAAUAUCUCCCUUUAGCCUGUUUGACAAGGGAGAUAAUUUGCUGUCCCUUCUCACACACAUUAGAUAUUAAUUGAGGAUAUUUAUUAAGGUGCUAUAAUAUAUAAGCUCAGCAUAAUGAAUUCUAAUGAAAUCUAAUUCUCAAAGAUCAGAUAACUAUCAAUACCAUUACUUCAUAUUUAUCUUACAGUGAUCUUUUUUUUUACUGAAAAAAGGAUGUGUAAGAAUUUGCCUUUUGCAAAAUGUUAAUAUAGAUAUGCAUAAGUAAUUUUCACUAUUUGUAUAAGUCAUUUGUAAAAACCUAUGUAUAUUAGUAAAAUUGUUUAUUAAAUUUCUCCCAUAUUUACCAAAGAAGAGUUGUGUUAAAAUUGUUUCAUUGUUUUAUAGUUUGUGAAUAUUAGACUGAUGUAUUUCAUACUAACAUGACUUAUUUUACAUGCUUCACCCUGGAGAUUAUAAAUGUAGCUACUUCUUUCAAAUUUUAUUUGUCCCCCAUGUUUUACUUUCUCAUUUCUAUUUUCCACUGGCUAUAUACCUUUUCACUUGUAUGUUAGAAUUGUCCCUCAGAUUUAGCCGGAACUGGGUCAUGAUUUCCUCAGAUUUAGCCAGAACUGGGUCAUGAUUCCCUCAGAUUUAGCCAGAACUGGGUCAUGAUUUCCUCAGAUUUAGCCAGAACUGGGUCAUGAUUUCCUCAGAUUUAGCCAGAACUGGGUCAUGAUUUCCUCAGAUUUAGCUAGAACUGGGUCAUGAUUUCCUCAGAUUUAGCCAAAACUGGGUCAUGAUUUCCUCAGAUUUAGCAAGAACUAUGUCAAGAUUUCUCUACGUAAUGGCAUUUAAAAAAACCUAACUUUAAAUGACAUUUCCUUAAAAGAUAAAAGUUGAUAAUAAAACAAUUCUGAAUACAAAUUAGAAUUCUGUACUUAUAAAUAUAAGCUACUUAUCAGAGACUGUUAAGAAUAUAGCAGACCAUACGCAGUUAUUAUCCAAGGAUUAAAUUUGGGGAAAAAACAAACUUUAUUGAAUAAAUGAGUAUGGAAUACCUCAGUCUUCUGUUUCAGAGAAUUUUGUUUAUGUUGUUUAUAUAGAUCGAAGUAUAUUUAUUUAUUUACUACAAAUACAUAUAUAUUGUUGACUUGUUUUAUAAGCUAUAUAGUAUACCGGUAUUAUAUAUGUUACUUCUGCUUGCUUUUUGCCUAUGUAUGACAUCUUUACAACACAUCUGCUAAUCAUUAUGUACAUACCAUCAGAUAAUUUUUAUUUUUUUUGUUCAAAGUUGCUUUCAAUAGAUGUAGGGACAAUUACAUUGUCUGUUGCCACUUUUUAUAAUCCUUUUCUGUUGAAGUUUAUCUACUGUAAAUUCAGAAAUUAUUGUGAAUAAUGUGAGAAUGGAUGAGAAUCGUAAUAAUAAGAACUCACAAUAAUUUCAGAAUUUACAGUAUUUGUUUUAGGCCCAUGCAACAAACAGUUAAGGCACAUUGUUUUACCCUUGCCUGUCAAUCUGAUUAAGGGAUACAUAAUAAUUUUUUCAGCUCAUCUCCUGCAGUUCUCUUAACUGGGAUGUUUUAUUUUGCAUUAUGUUAAUGCCCAUACUAAAGGUCCUCUUUAUGUGUAUGUUAUCAGGAUUUUGAUUUUAAGUUGGUCAGAUGAACCUAGUCAUUUCUUUAUAUACAAGGCACAGUUAAUCUUCUCCUACAGGUUUAUAGCUAGAAUAUUUCUUAUUCUGCUGAUUGUUUAAGCAAAUAAUGAAGAAGCGGCACAUUGUCUGAGUUUUUGUGGUUUCGAAUAGGGUGCAUUCUUUAUCUGCUCAAUAUUCAAGCUAAAAUAUUUUUUAUUUGGAGAAUUUUUACGUAUUAUCAGGGUAAAAUUGCUGAACGCUUUUAAUAGUAUUCCUGAACUUGGUUUACAAUAAACCAUUCCUUCUAUGUAUAUUGUGACUCUUGAUCCUUACUAGGCAAACAACAAAAUAUUGUUUCUCAUUAAAAUCCUGCCCAAAGAGCUUACCAUAAUUUUGUCUAAUGUUGGAAAUUUACGCCUUCAGUUAUGACUAAACGUACUUCAUUUAAAAAAGAAAAUUAAAGUUUUUGUGUUGUGCCUUAAUAUUUUGAAAUGCAUGUAAUCUUUUAAUUAUUUCAUGAACAUUGAUUUUAGUAAAUAUAAGUUUUGUUUAAAUUGCUUUAUUUCUAAGGUUAUUCAUAUAACUUUGUGCUGUAAGGGAAGAAAUAGAAUAUUUAAGAGGCUAAAACUACAUACACUUUUAAUUGAUUGCCAGAAAGUGUAAAUUUAGAAAUGUUUUUAAUUUAUUACAAUGCCAGAAAGUGUAAAUUUAGAAAUGUUUUUAAUUGAUUACAAUGCCAGAAAGUGUAAAUUUAGAAAUGUUUUUAAUUUAUUACAAUGCCAGAAAGUGUAAAUUUAGAAAUGUUUUUAAUUUAUUACAAUGCCAGAAAGUGUAAAUUAAGAAAUGUUUUUAAUUUAUUACAAUGCCAGAAAGUGUAAAUUUAGAAAUGUUUUUAAUUGAUUACAAUGCCAGUAAGUGUAAAUUUAGAAAUGUUUUUAAUUUAUUACAAUGCCAGAAAGUGUAAAUUUAGAAAUGUUUUUAAUUGAUUACAAUGCCAGAAAGUGUAAAUUUAGAAAUGUUUUUAAUUUAUUACAAUGCCAGAAAGUGUAAAUUUAGAAAUGUUUUUAAUUGAUUACAAUGCCAGAAAGUGUAAAUUUAGAAAUGUUUUUAAUUUAUUACAAUGCCAGAAAGUGUAAAUUUAGAAAUGUUUUUAAUUUAUUACAAUGCCAGAAAGUGUAAAUUAAGAAAUGUUUUUAAUUUAUUACAAUGCCAGAAAGUGUAAAUUUAGAAAUGUUUUUAAUUGAUUACAAUGCCAGUAAGUGUAAAUUUAGAAAUGUUUUUAAUUGAUUACAAUGCCAGAAAGUGUAAAUUUAGAAAUGUUUUUAAUUGAUUACAAUGCCAGUAAGUGUAAAUUUAGAAAUGUUUUUAAUUGAUCAAUGUGUUAAUAUGAAGACAUAAAGACAGGGAUGACAAACAUUAUAAUUUCUGGUAUUACAUUGCAGCAUACUCUGUAUUUGUUUCAGCAUUAAUAUGUAGUGUUGUGAUAUCUCUACUUGCCAAAACCUUGUUUAUAUUCAUACGAUUCAUUAAAUUUAUGUAAAAGUUA